AUGCUUAAAUUGAGGGCUAAUAGCGACUGGCCGUGGUAUUUGCAUGUGAGCCCGUUGCAAGUGGAAUCAUGCCUAGAAGCCUUUCCAACCACGCAUGGGGCGCGUGAAGACCUCAAAGGGUUGGCCACCUUCACCCUCAACCUCGCCCACGACAAGGUUGCUCAAACCCGUGCCCUUGCCCUGUCCCUGGCAUCCAAGGCAGCAGAUCCCAAGCUUAAGGAGCGAUAUGCCACCUGUGUUGAACAGUACGACGAUGCCGCCGACGACAUCGAGGAUGGGAAGAACGACCUGGGGGAAGGUGACUACAAUGGUGUCAACAUUAAGGCGUCUGCAGCCAUGACAGAGGCCGGCGACUGUCUGGACAGCUUCACGCAGCCGCCGAAGGACCCAUCGGCGCUGUCUGGCAACGGGAAGACUGUGGAAGAUAUUUGUAGUAUCAUCUUGGUUAUAGCCAAUCUUCUCCUUGGGCGUGACUAA